AUACGAAGCUACAUGUUCUGUCAAUAUAUUUCUUGUCAAUUUGACACUUUGGUUUCUAUUUGUACUACAUUCCGCAUUGUCGAAACGCGUAAAAUUAUGUCUGAAAAGAAGGGCAACAGCAGUGACGGAUCUGAAACGGCUACAGAUCCUGGUCCAUUGCUCUCCACAAAGGAAAUAUUGGCAAGAUGCAGACAGCUGCUGGCGAUUAAGGAGCAGCAGGCAAGCACCGAAUUGAAGGAGAUCAAAGAGCGUUUGUUGAUGGCCAUUUCGAACCCAUCGCUGACCCACUUUCAUUCGCUGGCAAGCUUCGAAGAUAGCUCCAUUGCCUCACGCUCACGCUCCGGCAGCAGCUCGAGCCGUUUGUCUUUGACAUCGACAUCGACAUCGACAAACUCGCCGGACUAUCGCACACACAUGCUCUGGGACUACGAAAAGGUGCCACAAGAUGGUGGCAAGGUGCAGCCGCAGCUGGGGGCUCUGCCAGCGGAUAUACAGCAGAGAUACAUACUGAAAGAUGUGCUCCACUGUCUGGUGGGUAUGCGAGGCACCUACAUACUGCCCCAGUCGCCAGAUACGAACAGUUUGGGCAAUGGCGAUGGUGAGACUUCGUUUACCAUCAACUGCCAGCUGGACAGAAGCAUGAGGGAGGUGGUGCAGAACAUCCUGCCCCUGGCCACGUACUUCAUGGGCAUACAGAGGAUGAUGGCGGCCAGCGAUGGCCACGGCCAAGUGCUCAACGCUCUGAAUUACGCUCUGCAGGAUCUGACCAGAGAUUUCUACAAGCUGAUCUCGCAGGCGGACGAGGAGUUGCAGCGGCAGCAGAUGACCGUGCUGCUGCUUCAGUACUACCUGCAGCCAACAAUGUGGGUGAUGGAGGAGAUCUGGAAGGUGCUGCGUGAUAUCCAACUGGGCAAGUGCCGGGGCGCCGCUGUGCUGGACCUGCUAUACGGCCGUAUAGGGCUGCUGGAGGGCAACGAAGCGGCCCAGCAGCUGAUGACCAAGCUGACGAAUGCCGCAGCCGUGCCGUAUAUGCGCAAGCUGCAGCUGUGGAUCCACACGGGCCAGCUGGUGGACCACACCAAGGAGUUCCUGGUGCAGGACAACGGUGCAGGACGCCAGUACACGGAGACCGGUCGCUACGCGGACGACUAUUGGGAGAAACGCUACACCGUGCGCCCCAGUCGGGUGCCCACAUUCCUGACGCGGUACACGGACAAGAUUCUGAACACCGGCAAAUACCUGAACGUGAUCCGGCAGUGCGGCAAGGCGACGCUGCCCAUCCAACAGAUGAAUCUGGAGGAGCAACUGGCACCGACCAGCGGCGGGCGGAUCGAGAAGGUGAUCAACGAGGCCUACCACUUUGCAGCCGGCAUGCUCCUGGACGUGCUGCUGAAGGGGCACGACCUGAUGGGGCAUCUGCAGUCCGUAAAGAACUAUCUGCUGCUGGGCCAGGGCGACUUCAUUACACAGUUCAUGGACGCCUGCGAGACCGAGUUGUCCAAGCCGGUGGAUGACGUGCAGCCCAUGAUCCUGGAGAAUCUGCUCGGCCUCACCCUGCGGUUCUCCUUGGCCCGUCAGGAUCCCUACAGCGACUAUGUGCACUGCGACCUGCUCACCUAUGACCUGGUCACGCAGCUGUCGAAGAUCAUGGGCCGUCAGGAGGAGGAGGAGUACGGCCAGUCGCAGACGCGCCGCGAGGAUCUCAGCGGCAUCGAGUGCUUCUCCUUCUCCUACGAGACCAAGUGGCCCUGUUCGAUUGUGAUCAACCAACUGGCCAUCUCCAAGUACCAGAUGCUCUUCCGGCAGCUCUUCUUCUGCAAGCACGCCGAGCGACAGAUGUGCAAGAUCUGGAAGCUGAACGACAUGCCAAAGGAUCGGCCGUGGCGCGAGUACGCGGAGCUGCACCGAUCGCUGUGCACCCUGCGGCAGCGUAUGAUGAACGCCAUACAGAACAUCGAGUACUACAUGAUAUACGAGGUAAUUGUGCCCAAUUGGCAUCUCUUCAACGAGCGCUUGAAGACGGUGAAGAACGUGGAGCUGGUGCUCAAGCACCAUCAGGACUUUCUCGAUGGCUGCCUCAAGAGCUGCGUCAUGACCGAAUCCUCGCACCUGAGUCGCGCCAUCUUCAAGCUGUGCAAGAUCUGCAUCGAUUUCUGUGACUACAUCCAGCUGGAGAGCUUGUUGCAGCCAUCGGAGAGUUUUGCGGAGCGUGUGAACUACUUUGAUUGGGAAUUCCAGGAUCUGCUGGUAUCGUUCCUGCAUCAAAUCAAAACAUCGGCCUGGAAGAACCGCAAUAGCUUUAUAAAUCUGGUGCAUCGCAUUAACUUCAAUGGCUUCUACACCGAUCAAAUGGAGAAGCUCAGAAAGCAGCAAGCCACAGAGCAAGACCAAGUCCAAAAUCAAGACCAGAUUAAUUAAAUAAUUUAAUUCCGACUGCUGUUCUUUCUCUGAUUGAUACAAAUGCAAAU